AUGUUGUCUAAAAAACAAUUGUCUAACCAUCUAAAACGAAAAAGAAAGAAACUAAUUGAAAUUGAUAAUAAAUCUCAAAAGGGUGUUAUUCAUAAAAAAAUUGGAAAAGAUCCUACAAUUUAUAUUUCAAAUGAUGCAAAUUUAGGUAAUUUGAACCUUGAAGUUGAGAGUUUAGAGAAUGAACAACUAAAUAGGAUUGUUGAAGAGCAAAAUAUUUUGGUUGAAAACAAUAAAAAUGAAGAUGUUGAUGAAGCUAGAAGUUUUUAUGAUAAAGGUUAUAAUAAUGAAAAUGAACAUAUCUCUGUUUUUGUUUAUGAACAACCUAACGAGUCUAUUCUAUUGGACAUUUAUGAUCCAAGAACAUGGAAUAACCUUAGCAAUGACUUAAGAGAUGAAUUACUAAGAAAUGGUUCUAAAAUAGACGUGUCAAUUGAGAAUGAUCCUAAAGAUACUUCUAGUAGGCAUUUCUCAUCAUCAUCAUCUUAUAUUCGUUAUUAUUCUAAUGGAGAAGAGCAAGAUAAGAAUUAUCUUGUUUAUUCAAAAGAACUGGAUAGAGUUUUUUGUUUUGACUGUAAGUUAUUUGGUACAAGUUGUAGAAUGAAUUGCUUAACAAAUGAAGGUUUUAAUGAUUUGAAAUAUAUUUAUGAAAGGCUUAAAGAAUAUGAAUAA